UACAUGGCACUCGCGUUUUCAACGUUGAUGGUGUUGCGGACUUCUCCCAAGUUACCACGUCAAUGUCGGAUUUUCGAAGAAACUUAUGUGAAUUUUGGGCGAUGAAUAUCACAAACACUUCAUGAUUGUGAAAACUCAGUCGGCAGCUCGUUUUGCAAAACAGUGGAGUAUCGUUUGAACUUGUAAUCUCUCUCGAGGAACGGGUAGCGGACUUCGUUCCAGCUGCAGCCGACGCCGCGGCCGGUGCGGUAGCGCGAAGGGACACAGAGAGCCCAGCGGUCUAGUCUCAGGAGUAGCGAGUAAAUUGGAACAACACAAACAAAAGAUCUGGGACUUCCUCUCCCCAACCUCGCCUCGUGGAGUUUUGGUGUGGAUAUUUAAGUUAUUUCUAUAAAACAAACAGGAAAAUAUUGUGACAAUGGAAGGGAGUGAAAGGGAUUGCAGUGUUCUUGGAGGCUUAUUCCAGAGUGUGAUUAAUGAUAUGAAGUCACAUUCACCUCUAUGGGAUGAUUUCUCCAGCAAGGCAGGCAAGCUCCACACACAACUCAGGGCCACCAUCACAGUCCUGUCAGCGUUCUUGGAUGCAUUCCAGCGGCUGGCCGAUGCUGCUACCAAUACAAGAGGUAGGCACUGGGGUAUUUGAUAGGCUCAUAUGAAUACAAUACAAUCUGGAUUCUGUAGGCUCACACACAAUACAAUAUGUGGGACAUGUAGCCCUACAUCUUAUUUUUGAAUGACAUAUUUAUUCUCUUUAGGUGGAUGAUAAGAGUAACUAUUCUUGACAAACUUACAAAGGAAAUGACCAUGUCUUUAAACAGCUCAGUUUGAAUUGCAUAUUAUAGUCUGUUGCUGGUUUCAUGAAAGAACAUUUGGAAGGUUUUUCUUUUAAAG